UGUUGAUAAAGAAACUGGUCCAUUCAUGAUUCACUGACUGUUACUAUGACGUCAUCAAAACAAUCAACAUGGAUUCUGGCGAAAUAUUCAAAGUUGGUUGUUAUACAUUAAGUAAUACAGUUUUCUUUUUAAAAGAAACAGAAAAAAUAGGGAAGAGGAAAUACUAAUGACUCCUGCACGUGGGAAAACAGAUAAUAGAUUUAAUAUUUCAAACAUGGAUGAAUCUUGUGGAGACUCCAUGGCCUUGCAAAUAGAUGGAGAUAUUUUGGGUUUGUCAGACCUUUUCUCAAGGCUUAGCCUUUCUGAUAGCUCAGAUAAAUUCUCUAUCUGCAAAGAAAACAGCUUCAUUGUCAAAAGACAUAACGCUCCUAUUAAGAAAAGUAGCUUUUUUAACUAUAGCUUUAUUGAUGAGAAUAGUAACUUUACUGAUGAUAAUAAUAGCAUCACUGACAAAAAUAGUAAUUUUGCUAAAUAUAAUGAUAGCUGCAUUGACAAGAAAAACAGCUCUAUUGACAAUAGUUAUAGAUCUGCUGACCAAAAUGGAUUUUCGGAUUCUAAUCUAGAAGCAAAUCUUAAUAAUGACAAUAAAGCCUAUAUGGCUAUGGGUGAUACUGGGAUGGAGCAAAAUGCAGAAGUUGUGCCAAAAAAAGACAAUGUGAAGUAUUAUGCUGUUGCCUUGCCAGCUGGGAUGGAAUCUUCUGCAGAAGGUUCUUUAAUUUUCAGGGAUUUGAAAGAUGCAUUAAAAGCCAUCAAAACAUACAAAGGGGCACGAUUUAAAGAAUUUACUAAUAAAGAAGAAGCAUUGAAGUAUAGUUUUGAACCUUUAGAGAGAGUUGAGAAAAAAAAGUCACCUGAAGAUGACCGCUUGAAAUUUCGUACUAGUCAAGAAUUAUGCAAAAUACGAAAAAUGAUUGAACGUGGGGAUGAAGUUGGUUUUGCUAGAGAAGUUUGGAUGUAUCCUAGAACAUUAGUUGCAGAAGUUGAUAUUCCAACUGUAAUGCAACAUGGAGUCCGAUUUAAUGCCUUGCAUGUUGCAGCAAAGUGCAACAAACCUUUAAUCUGUCAACUUAUCCUAGAUAUUCUUGAAAAUCCUCAUUUUGCUGAAUCCCUAUAUCCAGAUGAGUCUCUGUCUAUGCGCUUCAGAAGGAUGUAUCAGAUCAGAGAUUUAUACCUAAAUACUGGAACUCAAAAGACAGGGGAUACUCCUCUACAUUAUGCUGCUAAGUUUGGAUGCAUUGAUUGUUGCAAAGUCUUAUUGUCUCAUCCACAAUGUGAUGUGGAUAAAAGAAAUGUGGAUGGCUUUACUGCACGAGAAACUAUAUGUAGUAGAUUAAGUUCUGUUUCAUCUAAUUUGAAAGAAGAAAUGGAAGCUGUAUUUGAAGAAGGCUUGUUAUAUGUUCCUGUGUUAAAAUCCGGUAAUGAUGUUUCUCCUGCCAUUGUUGGGAAACCAUGCUCUUGUAAAGAUAUUGACGGAUGUGCAUCACUUUUGAUCGAUGAUGAUCCAAAAUUGUCUCUUAAAGCUUUUGCUGGUCCAAUGUCUCCUAAAAUGGCACAGCAGUUUUAUAAAGCUUUAAAAAAUCCAUCAUCUCCAAUAUAUUCUCCAUUCACUCCUGAGGAACAAGGUGAAAUCUUCGAAAUUAAACGUACUGAUCCUGAGAAGGGUGUUGAAAGAAUUGGCCGACAUUUAGCAGAGGAUAUGAAAGUUGAUUGGCAAGAAUACUUCCCAGACUUUAAUGUAUUUGCUAAUUUUGCUACAAAGGAAGGUUUAGCUAUUCUAGAAGCUCGGUUGAAGAAACUUCAACAUGGGGAACCUUUUUCUAUUUAUAAUGCAGAAGAACCUGCUGAACAGAGCCUUGCCUUAGUUCAUCAGUUUCCUUCUCAUAUUAAUCCUCUUAAGCAUCGAGUCAAUGUGUUAUAUUCACUUUUUGAGAAAACUAAAAAAGAUGAAGAUUUUGACACUCCUCCUUCUUCACCAGAAUUUAUCACUCCUCCUACAUCUCCUUGUGGCUCUCCAGAACGUGAAUUAAAGAAACCUGUUUUUCUGAAUGGUUCCUCUUUCUCAAAAUUGGACCGUGAAAUUUAUCAAGCAAUCCAGGAUUAUGAUUUUAAUGAGGAUGAAUAUCCUAAUGUCUCUAAAUGGAAACUUUUGGUAUCAACUGAAAUGAAGAAUUGUUCUUCAUUGAAACAUCGGCUUUCACGGCUUAAAGAUUUUCCUUCACACAAAUCUAGGAUUUUUGGAAAAGAAUUUAAACCUACUACCAGAAAGAAACUUUUUUGAGCAUUAUCCUUUAUUCUCAAACUCAAUAUGGCUAUAGAAGAAAUUAAAGUUAACUUUUUUUAAGAAAAAAAAUUAACAAGCAUUUUAAAAAUGUGCUAUUUUAUUUAUCAAUGCUGCUUACUAAUGUAUGAGUAAUGAAUUUGAAUUGCACAUUGUCUUUGAUUAAUGUAGAUAUAUUGAAUAACUGUUUUAAAUUAUAUAAUAGGCCAGUUAAUAGUAGAAAAAAUAUUUUCGUAAUUGUGAUUAUUAUUUAAAUGUUGCACAUGGUUCCUCUUAGAGGUCCUAACACAAUUUACUCUCAACUGUAUUUAUAAUGUGACAGUUGUUGGAAUAUUAUUUUAUGUUAAUUACUGUAAUUUGUUGAAAUACAGAAUGAAAAAAAAAAUUCUCCCUGCCAGAGAAAUAUUUUGAUUAUUGUAAAACUGAGAUGUGUUACUAUUAUAUAACUUAAAGAUUUUGCAUCAAAAUCGAAAGCUAUAUCUAUUUUGUAUGAAAUAUAAUAAAAAUUAUUCAAAUGUUAAUGUUUCAAGAUGGUUUAAAAAACCAUCUUAUUAGUCUUUCAUGGGUUAUCAGAAGAGAUGUAUCAUUUCUUACUGAUUCUCAAUCAGGUAGGUGUUCUUGUAUCACCACAUAUGUAUAUUGUGUACAGUAAAUUUAAAAGUGAGAAUUAUAUAGGCAUAUUUCAUCUUAAGUAUUAGACAGAUGAAAUAAAUUGUAAAAUUAUAAAAGUGAUUAACUUUUUUGUGGUUUUCCUUGUUGAGGAAUUAAUCUGUGAAUGAAGAUUUCUAACAUAUUUUUGGACGUAAUAUUAAUUCAAAUAUAUGUUUUAAAAUAAAUUAUCAUCUAAUUACUGAUGCAAUUUAGAAUAUAACUAGAUAUUUUGUGUUACAAAUUUGUAAUGAAAAUUUGCAGAUUUGAAAAAAAAAUUCUUUUUAAAAUAUACUGGUUUAUAUUUUAUUACUCAUUAUUUUAUUUUAUCAUGCAAAAUGCAUGUGUAUUUGUGAAAUUGAUAACUGAUUGUCUGUGCAAAAUUGAAAAAAAAAAUGCAGGUUUAAUGUAGAAAAUAAACCCACGCUAUGUGAGUGACUUUGUAAUAACUCAUGUAUUAUGAUCUAAAUUGAAUGUAUAAUUAUCUUUAUAAGAGAAAAAAUAACA